AUGACUUCGAACGACCCUUCUGCUGGGCCUGCGCUGGACUUGUCUCAAGUCCAUGGUAGCCCGGAAAAGGUGGUCACGGUGGCCAAUACCUCCACCGAGAGGGUCGCCAGCACCAAUGGAAGCAGCACGCCUGUCAAGGUCAAUGUCUCCGAUCAGAUCAAACCCAAUGGCGAGCCCCGCAAGAGAAAGCCAGCGCAGAGCAACGAGAGCUCAAGGUCAUAUGCGGCAGCCGCAUCGGCUGAUGGUGAACCCGACAGGCCGAGGUCGAACAAACGACAGGAUGAAAAAGAGGAUGAAGAGUAUCCCAUCAUCAAGAAAGGCUCCACGAUUCGCCGGGGCACAUCUCAGACCAACGAGGCAGAGGCGUGGGAGGCUGGCGGCGUACGCUUUGCACCUAUCCAAGUGCCGCUCGUGCGUCGGCUACAGACAGCUGCGGUGCUGUUCCACUGCAUGUCCAUUAUCCUGUUCGUCUCGGCAUUCUGGUUUACGUGCGCCAACCCAUUUGCAUGGCCCAUUUUGAUUCCGUACCUGAUCCACCUGUCCACCUCAACGGCAUCCAUGGAUGGAAACCUGGCAUACAGGUCAGAGUGGCUCAGGUCCUUGCCCUUGUGGACGUUGUUUGCCAGUUAUUUUCCUGCGAAGCUGCACAAGACUCACGACCUGUCCCCAGAGAGGAAGUACAUUUUUGGAUACCAUCCCCAUGGGAUCAUCUCGCAUGGCGCCUGGCUGUCUUUCGCGACCAAUGCGCUGGGCUUUGCCGACAAGUUCCCGGGGAUCACCAACAGCCUGCUCACCCUCGAGUCCAAUUUCCGCCUCCCGUUCUACCGUGACUGGCUUUUGCUAAUGGGCAUCCGCUCCGUGUCCAAAGAGUCCAUCUGGAAUACGCUGAGCAAGGGUGGGCCCAACAAUGACGGUGCUGGUCGCGCCGUGUCCAUUGUCAUUGGCGGCGCGCGCGAAUCUCUCGAGGCGCAACCUGGCAGCCUGCGACUGAUCCUCGAAGGACGCAAGGGUUUCGUCAAGAUGGCCCUGCGCACCGGGUCCGACUUGGUCCCUGUUUUGGCCUUUGGCGAGAAUGACCUCUACGACCAGCUCAGCCCAACAACCCACCCUCUGGUCCACAAGAUCCAGAAGUUCAUGCUUAAGGUGUUCAAGUUCACAGUGCCCGCUCUCCACGGACGGGGCGUCCUCAACUACGAUGUCGGCCUCAUGCCAUACCGCCGUCCGGUCAACAUAGUCGUCGGCAAGCCCAUCGAAGUCGACGGGCCGCAUGGCAACCAGCCUGCGCAGGCGGACAUUGACAGGCUGCACGAGCUCUACGUCGAGGAGAUUGAGAGACUAUGGAAUGAGUACAAGGACCAGUUUGCCAGCGGACGUACUUCUGAGUUGAAGUUGAUAUCUUAG